UCACAGAACAUAAAAUUGACCUGUGAUUCUGUGGGUGAAAAAAAAACUGCUAACCUCAAAAAAUUGUUUAUUUUCAGACUAAUAAAAAUGUUUCUCUUCAGAAAUUCAGCUAGAAGUUUGAAUAAACUUGGCCAAAUCUCAAUAUUCAACAAUAGAAUAGGUGAAAGACAAAUUAAACGUUGGGUGGCACCAACUCUUAGGGAAUUGAAGAGACGAAAGGAUAAACUUGGUGAGGAGAAGCCGUCUCCAAGGUCUUCAUUUUUAGAAUGGAAUUAUGAGGCAGAAGUAUAUGCUUUUGGUAAAAGGUUAGGAGAGAAUUUUGAUCGGGAACUCUUGAAGAGGGCACUUAUCCAUAGGUCUUACGCUAAUGUGAAAAAAGACGAGGGUCAAGAAAUUGAACAUAACAGUGAACUGAUUGAACAGGGAAGUCAAAUAAUCAAUGAGUUUUUGAGAGAGGAAUUUAGUAAAAUCUAUACAGAUGAUGUAACCAAUGCAUUAAUCAAAUAUUUAACUUCUGAUAGUGUGCUUAGUCAUGUUGCUAAACAUUUGGGUCUUACAGAUUUAAUAUUCACAUCUGAAUUUCCAGUGGAAGAAGCAACACUAGCGGAUACUUUCAAAGCCAUCAUUGCAGCUCUGGAACUCUCAGACAACCUUGAGAGGUCUCAAAAAUUCAUCAAAGACUUCCUGUUAGUCCAACUGAAUGGAAAAACGGUAUUCGAUAUUUGGGAACCAGAGAAUCCAGUGGAUUACUUGAAUAACUUGUUGAAAAAACAAGGAGUUGGAGAGUUUGAAGCCAGACUUUGUAAUGAGUCAGCAUCAAAUACAAUUCUUGCCAAUUACCAAGUUGGUCUUUACUCGAACGAUAAAAAAUUAUUGGGUAUAGGUUGGGGAGAAAACGUAGAUAUUGCAAAGAAUACAGCAGCAUUGGAUGCAAUCAGGAGAUUAUGUAACCUUUAAUGAUGUUAUUCAAUAAAUUUGUAAAUAUAGUUAUACAAGGUU